UUAACAGGCUUACACGUAUAGCAUUGUGUAAAUCAAAAAGAAUGGAAAUGGCAGUUCGUUAACCUUGCACGCUCUAUAAUCGUAUCUACUGCUCAACUUGGUGGUAAAGCGCCGUGUCUCAAGCAGAUGCUGAGAAUCCAUCUAUGGUGACGGUGAACUGGUUCGACAUCAAACACAAACGUAACUGAGAUACGAAAACGUUAUAUUUAUCACAUUUUUAGAGUAUAAUGGUGACUGAGGAGAUAAGUGACAGUGAUAAAGAGAGGCAGGGAUAGCGGCGGUCUGCCCCGCUCACUCGGGAGAGCAACGUUCCCGCGGCCAGGCUUGCUAGUCCCUGACGUCCGUUUCACAGGUGUGCGCGUUAUACAGUAUUUCCUUUGAAGUUCGCCGACAUCUGAGAAGAUUCCGGAGAGGACUGAAGUAGCGCUCACCCAUAGGUAGACACACCACCAUAGAACUCCUGGAGGCGCCACAAACACACGCACAAGGACAGCAUUCUCAGUGGACACAGAGGCAAGCGCAAGUGUGGGAGUAACGCAGCAUCUAAAAGGAUAAUGACCGAGAUGAACCAGAGCGAAAACAUGGACUCCACCAGCAAAACUUCUACAGCGAAAGGCAGCAAUAAGCGACGGAAAAGCUUCUGGCGAAAGCUUUUGUUACUGAUGUGGAAGAACCUGCUGCUGCGGCGACGACACUGGUUGCUCACGGCCUUCGAAAUCUUAUUGCCCACGCUGCUCUUCACGCUGCUGGUAACCAUCAGGGUCCUGCCGGACAGCUCUUUCAUCCCUCACUUUGUCGACCACAACUCAACUUUCGAUGUAACCAGCGAGAGAACGCUGAGAGAAAUAUUUUGUGGUGAAUACGGAAUCUGGAUAGGGAGCAGGUGUAGUUCCCCUUGGAUUGAACGUCUACCAGCACAAAGAAAGAUAUUUUAUGGACCUCACAAUAAUUUCACUGCCGGAGUCGCCACCUACUUGGCUGACAGUCUCGGAAUUACACGGAAAGUUCUUUCCCCUGUGUCAUCGAAUGAGGAAAUGGACGUAAUGGUAGACAAGUCUUAUUUUGAGGCCGACAGUGCACUACCAACCUUUUACAUGGGACUCUACUUCAGCGAUCUGAAGGACGACCAGCCACCUGAGAAACUAAAUUACUUCUUACGACUGAGUGGAUACUGGUUCACUGAGCUGAUCUACCCUUUUCUGCAGAUCCCGGGUCCGAGGAACUUCAGCAUCUUCGGCGACCUACAAGGAGGCUACAACAUGAACGGAUUCACUCUCAUACAGAGCAUAGUGGACCGAUAUUACGUGUCUCUUAUGGCUGGUGACAACGACACCAACUACAACACACAGUACGAGAUACAGACGCAGAUGUACCCGUACCCUCCCUACGUGCAGGAUUACGGCAUGAGUCAGUUUUAUGGGUCCUCACUGCCCAUGUUCGUCGUGCUGUCCCUGGUCCUGCUGUCUCCUUCCCUCAUCAAGAGCGUCGUGUAUGAGAAGGAGACGGGCGUCAGGGAGCUAAUCCGCCUGAUGGGCCUGAAUGGAUGGCUGGUGUGGCUCGGCUGGUUCUUACACUCCUUCGUCAUCAUCCUGUUGGUAUCUUCUGUCAUGACCUUCUUCCUCAAGGUGGAACUCAUGCCCACCACCGAUGCUUCUGGAUACCUGCCUGCCAUCCUGGCCUACAGCGACCCUUUCUUUGUCUGGGUUCUCUUUGUCCUUUACGGCAUAUGCUCCAUCUCAUUUUGUUUUGUCAUUUCUACGUUCUUUAGCAAGCCGACAAUGGCCACCACCAUGGGCAUACUGCUCUGGCUGUGCUCCUACUUCAUCCCGAGCACUCUCAUGUAUGACUACGAUAACCUCAGCCAGACCGCGAAGCUCCUCUCCUGCCUCCUGCCCAACAUGGCCAUCACGUGGGCCUUCAAAGUGAUGGCCAUGUUUGAGGGAAGAACGCUGGGCAUCCAAUGGCACAACAUCUGGGACACAGGCAACCCGCGAGAUGAACUGACGCCCGCCGCGAUCCUGCUGAUGAUGGUCCUCGACACCUUCCUGUACUUGCUUCUGGUGUGGUACGUGGACCAGGUCAGCCCGGGGAAAUACGGCGUCCCGCUGCCCUUCUAUUUCCCCUUCCAGAGGAGCUACUGGUGCGGCACGCGGCCUGAGAGCGUGACGAGCAGCACUCCAGACAGCGACGACCCGACGAGCCAGUACUUCGAGGAGGAGCCCGAGGGACUGAGGCCCGGCAUUGUGAUCCGGAACCUGCGGAAAGAAUUCCGGACACUGGGCGGGAAAGUGAAGGUAGCGGUGGAGGACGUGUCCAUGACGUGUUAUGAGGGCCAGUGCACUGUGCUGCUGGGCCACAACGGCGCCGGGAAGACCACCACCAUGUCCAUCCUGACAGGGGUGUACGCGCCCAGCGGCGGCCAGGCGGAGGUCGGCGGCUGGAACAUUGCGACACACCUGAGGGAGGCGCGCGAAGAGUUGGGUCUGUGUCCGCAGCACAACAUGCUGUUCGUUGACCUCACUGUGCUGCAACACCUGCUUUUCUUCGGCCGACUGAAGGGGCUGACGACCAAGGCGGCGAAGGAGGAGGCCGUGGAGCUGCUGGGGCGCCUGGAUCUGCUCGACAAGAAGAACAUGUUCGGCAACCAGCUGUCGGGCGGCAUGAAGAGGAAGCUUUCUCUCGCCAUCUCCCUCAUCGGUGGCUCCAAGGUGGUGAUCCUGGACGAACCGAGUAGCGGCUUAGACCCUGAGUCGCGGCGGUGGGUGUGGGACGUGGUGCAGGGAGAGCGAGGCCGCCGCACCAUCCUGGUCACCACACACCACAUGGAGGAGGCGGAUGUGCUGGGCGACCGCGUGGCCAUUAUGGCGUCCGGCAGGGUGGUCUGCGCGGGCUCCACGUUUUUCCUUAAAAAUAAGUUUGGUGACGGAUACACCCUCAACCUGGUGGUGUCGCAGAGCUGUGAUGCACGGAAGCUGACGGAGACUUGCAGGAAGGACAUGCCGUCCAUCAACCUGCUGCGGGGCCAAGGUGGGGAGUACACCGCCAGUCUCCCACAGGACACCACGAGGUUCGCCCCCCUGCUGGAGACUCUGAGUCGCCAGAAGCAAGAGCUACAGUUGCGGCACAUUGGCCUUUCUCUCACUAGCAUGGAGAAAGUGUUCCUCAGGGUCGGAGAAGUGGCCGCAGGAGAGCCGACCGUAGUGUCGAGGCCGCAGUCCGCGAUCGGCUUCCAGAACGGAAAUUCCUGUGAGAGUCUCAAUGGCUCUGCAUCGAUAGCGUCAAAGGACGUCGUCUUCCACAGCAGUCAGCGGCAUCUCUUCAGCAGUCAGACAUUAGUGGACGGGCGGCUGACGGGCAGGCGGCUGUUGGCUCAAAGGAUCAAGGGUUUUUUAAUCAAACGAAUCAUCUACUUUAAAAGAAAAUGGCUCCUACUUGUUUCACAGGCCCUCCUCCCGGUGCUGGUGACCGUCGCCUGUCUACUGAUGGACGCGAACUUGGCCUCCACGGCAAUGCGUCAGCCGCCUCUGGAACUCAACCUCACCAUGUUCCCCAACUCGCAGUCCUUCGUGUUGUCUGACCCGAGCCACGACGACCUCGCCGACGCGUACAAAUCGUUCUUCUGGGGACCGUACAAGGUAAAUUCAACGGACAACAUGGACGCCACUCUGUUGGAAGAGGGAGAGAAGAACAUCUUCAGGUACCGAGAGAACAAUAUAUGCUCGGCUGAGUUUCUGUAUAACAAGUCGGACAAGACAGCAAUGCGCAUGAGGUACCAAAGCAUCCCCAUUCACGCUCCCGGUAUAAGCACGUCCAUCAUCUCCAAUGCUCUCCUCCGCUUCGCUACAAACUCCACCAACUACUCCAUCACCACCACCAACUACCCUCUUCCUCCAAAUAAAGCGACGGAAUUAACUGAGAACAACACGUCAGGCAGCUCCCUUGUGUAUUCCAUGAUGAUGCCGCUCGCCCUGGCUCUCCUCACCGCCUCCUUUCUAGUUUUCCCCCUUCAGGAGAGAGAGACUAAGGCCAAGCAGGUACAAGUGAUGACUGGGGCUCCGCUGUGGGGUCUGUGGAUGUCUACCUUCAUCUGGGAUUACCUCAUCUACCUUGGCUCCUCGCUCAUCAUCUUCGCCGCCUUCAUGAUUGGUGAUACGCAGGAAUACUUCACAGUGGACGCUGCCCCUGCCGCACUGCUUCUACUGCUGCUCCUGUACGGUUGGGGCAGCAUUCCUUUGGCCUACGUGUUCAGCUUCUUCUUCCAGACCGCUGCCGCCGGGUUUGCUGUACUGACUCUCAUCAGCAUCGUAGCAGGCAUGAUCAUCACCAUCGCUGUCUGGGCCCUUGACCUCUCCAACCAGGCUGACCUACUCAUACUCAGCGACGUCCUACACUGGAUCACCUCCAUCCUGCCUGCCUAUCCAGCCUCCAUGGGUUUCAAGCACAUGGUGAACACAAGUGACUAUAAUGCCCAGUGUGAUUUGUUCAACAACACUCUGAAGGAGGACCUGUGCAACAACCUCUACCAGUUCAGGCCGAAUGCUUCUUUCGUGGCCUGCUGCCCCAAGUGUGCCACGACUGGGAUGAGAGUUUGCUUUCAGAAAAGGUCUUACUUUGCCUUCGACGAGUAUGGGAUGUCUCAAGAUCUGCUCACACUGACUAUUAAUGGAUUAAUUUUCUUCAUCCUCCUUUUCCUAAUUGAUUCUGGCUUCUUCACAAAACUCAGAGUGAUGUUGCGAGGGUUGUGUAGAAAGAAAGUGACUCCCACUGACACUGAGGUCACCUUGGAUGAUGAUGUAGUGGCAGAAGCAAAACUGGUAAACAAUCUCUUGGCUGGAGUGCCACUUGACCCACCACACGAGACAAGUCUAAUAGUGAGCGGCCUCUCCAAAACAUUUGUGGGUGCCAACCGUCCAGCGGUCAAUGAAAUCAGUUUCCACGUGGGUCGUGGGGAAUGCUUAGGGCUACUCGGUGUCAAUGGUGCCGGCAAAACCACCACCUUCAGAAUGCUGACUGGAGAUGAGGUGCCCUCUUCAGGAGAUGCCAAGAUUGGCAACACAUCUCUCAGGGGCCAGGUCAGGAAAUUCAUACAUGAAAUUGGAUACUGUCCUCAAUUCGAUGCUGUUUUGGGGGAGCUGACAGGGGAGGAGACACUUAUGCUUCUGGGUCGCCUCCGAGGCCUUGGUGAUGUUAGCCUACCACACUCCGUCAGCGAACUGAUAUCCCUUGUAGGAUUAACAGAGUGUGCACAGCGUCCUUCCUCCACUUAUUCUGGUGGCAACAAGCGUAAGCUGUCCACAGCAAUGGCCCUGAUUGGUGACCCGCCAUUAGUAUUCCUGGAUGAACCAACCUCAGGUGUGGACCCCGCCUCCCGCCGCCGAGUGUGGGCAGCCAUUACUAAAGCAGUGAAGUGUGGUCAGAGUGUGGUGCUCACUAGCCAUUCCAUGGAGGAGUGUGAGGCACUCUGCUCUAGAAUCAUCAUUAUGUCUCGGGGAACUCUGCGCUGCAUUGGGUCUUCUGGCCACCUCAAGGCCAAAUUUGGUCAGGGAUACAGCCUCCAAGUGAAGCUCAGAAUGCAUGACCACCGUCUGGAGGAUGACCAGCAAUAUGCAGCUCGAGUGUUACAGCUAAAGACUACUAUCAGAAAACAAUUGGCAGGUGCCGUGCUCACUGACCAGCAUAAGGGUAUGUUAGCCUUCAGAGUUCCCACUGAGGUUUCAUGGGGUUCCCUUUUCUCUGUAAUGGAGGCUAUGAAACAUGGCCAAGACCCUGCAUGCAGUGGAGGUGCAGAAGCCACAGCACAGAAUCCUCUAGUGGAAGAUUACACUGCCUCUGACACUUCUCUGGAGCAAGUGUUCCUGUCUUUUGCACGAGAAGGAGCGGAUACUGAUUCAGACGCACAGAGGAUUCCCUCAGACACAAUUACCAAAUUGUAAUUUAUUUUGAUUUACACUGAUCCAUGUUAUAUGUUCUAUGAAUACUGUCUCAUCAUGUUAUCAUGUUCAUGAUGCUGUCAUAACUGCCUCAUGAUCACUUGUGUUGGUUAUUCUUCUAUGGCCAGUAUUCUCUACCUUCUAGUAUUUCCACUUACAACAAAUUUCACAUCAAGUACAGACAGAUUUUUUUCAAUUUUACCUUCUUCACACUGUACUCAUUCAGUUUCUUUAUAUGAGAUAUCACCUUUUGCAAUAUAACUAAAUAACUAGGAGCAUACUGACUCCACUAUUGUAAAGUUUCAUAAGCACCAAGCAUUUAUAGAGAACACUAUUCAUACUCAUCAUUUCAUAUAUUCAAAUUAUCUGAAAUGUUACCUUGUGUGUGUGCAAGUCACCACUAUCUUAAGGGCCACGUGCUGGACUCGUGGCUACCAGCUACAACCUCCCAGAGAGAGCUUAGAGCUCUUGAUAGCCUGAUCUGUAAUAAAACUGAGAUCUUUCACACAUUACACACCUAUCUUCUUACUCAAGGAGGACAGUCACUUCUCACUCAUGAGUGAAGACUCCUUAGCAUAAUUAGCAGAGUGCAAACCUUGGCCUGUCAGGUGACGGCUGGGGAGAAUACCACAGAGCUAACAAGGUGUGUGUGUGUGUGUGUGUGUGUGUGUGUGUGUGUGUAAGUGUGUGUGUGUGUGUGUGUGUGUGUGUGUGUGUGUGUGUGUGUGUGUGUGUGUGUGUGUGUGUGUGUGUGUGUGUGUGUGUGUGUGUGUGUGUGUGUGUGUGUGUACAGAGAGAGAGAGAGAGAGAGAGAGAGAGAGAGAGAGAGAGAGAGAGAGAGAGAGAGAGAGAGAGAGAGAGAGAGAGAGAGAGAGAGAGAGAGAGAGAGAGAGAGAGAGAGAGAGAGA